AUGAACCCCCAUAGUCUGUUUGCUUCGGCAGCCAUUAACAUAGGCUUGGCCUUAGUGACUCUCACCCUCUUUUCCAUCUUCAAGAAACAGCCCUCAUUCGCUCCCAUAUACUACGCUCGUCGCCUCUCCAAUGGCCAACAGAUUCACUUCCAUGAUCAAACCUUCUCUUUCCGUCGCUUCCUCCCUUCUGUCUCUUGGAUUCCUCGCGCUUUUCGCGUCACUGAAGAUGAAAUUCUCGACUCCAGUGGCCUUGACGCUCUUGUCAUCAUCAGACUCUUCAAGUUCGGUAUCAAAUUUUUUGUUGUAUGCUCUCUUGUGGGGUUGGUGGUACUUCUCCCAGUAAAUUAUAAUGGCCAGGAUGUACCAUACCAGAGCUAUCACUCCUUGGAUUCUUUUUCAAUAUCUAACAUUACUCCUGGUUCUAACAGGCUUUGGGUGCAUUUUUCAUGCUUGUGGAUUUUAUCUUUCUACGGCUUAUACCUACUAUAUCAGGAAUAUGAUGAAAUUUUGGUUAAAAGGAUUCAACAACUUCAGAAGAUUAGGCAUCGACCUGACCAGUUUACUAUUCUUGUUCAGGAAAUUCCCAUUUGCUCAGAACACAAGGCUCGUGGGUGUUCUGUUGAUCACUUCUUCUCUAAACAUUAUCCAUACAGUUAUCAUUCUUAUCAAAUGGUAUACAAAGAAAAAGAUCUUGAAGUGUUGUUGAUAUUAUUAAAUGUAGAGCCAGGCAGAAUCUAUUUCAAGAAAGAUAGAGGACUUGAGAGAGAGGCCCACAGCUAA